AUACCUGGCUACUGCUUCUGCUGCUGGUGAUAAAAUUGUUGUUUCAAGCUGCAAAAGCAAACCUGUUACACUUUUUGAAAUAGCUGAAGGAGCAAAACAGACGUGUGUGAGCUUGAAUUCUAGUUCUUCACAUCUUGUGAGUGGAGGCCUUGAUAGCACAGUUAAUAUCUGGGACCUGAAAUCCAGAAAGGUUUACCGUAGCCUUAAGGAUCAUAAAGAUGAAGUCACGUGCAUUACAUAUAAUUGGAACGAUUGCUACAUUGCUUCUGGAUCUUUGAGUGGUGAAAUUAUCCUACACAGCGUUACCACCAACUUGUCAAGUGCUCCCUUCGGUUAUGGAAGCCGUCAGCCUAUUCGACACUUGAAAUAUUCAUCUUUUAAGAAAUCCUUGCUGGGCACUGUUUCUGACAGUGGAAAUGUAACUCUGUGGGAUGUAAAUAGCCAAAACCCAUAUCAUAAUUUUGAAAAUGCUCAUAAAGCCCCAGCUUCAGAAAUCUGCUUUUCUCCAGUCAAUAAGCUGCUGCUUGUAACUGUAGGUUUGGAUAAAAGAAUUAUUCUCUAUGAUACUUCAAGUAAAAAAUUACUGACAACAAUAGUAGCUGAUUUUCCUCUGACAACAGUAGACUUCAUGCCCGAUGGUACUACUUUGGCUAUAGGAUGUUCCCGGGGAAAAAUCUGCCAGUAUGACUUAAGACAACUGACAUCACCAGUGAAAACAGUUAUUGCUCACAAAGGCUGUGUGAAAUGCUUACGUCUUCAGUCCAGUAGCACUUUUUCCAAGUCUAACUUUAUGGGUUCUUCAAAUAAACCUGUAUCCAAAAGAGUAGAAGUCAAAGCUGACAGUAAUCUUGGAGGAAUUCAAAACAUUGGCAUCAAAAAUGUUACCUUGCAAGCAUCAACAACAGUUUCAUCUCAUCUGACAUUGCCAAAUGAGAAUAAGGGAGGAGAGGUUCCUCAGGAGAAAACAGUCUUUCCCCAUAGUUGCAGCUUGGAUGUGAUUCCAUCUAAAGAAACGGAUCAUGGGAAAAGUGCUGAUAUGAAGAAUUUUGAUUUGGGUCGAAGUAGUUUAGGAGAUUUGUUUUCUCCAGUCAGAGAUGAUAUUAUAAAUAAAGCGAAUGAAAAUGCUCAAGGAAAAGGAGACGGUAAACAUACUUUCAGUCAGAAUUUUCAGUCUUCCCUUUUGGGUUUGGGUUUGGAUUUCCUCCCACAGCUCACCACUGGCAUAUCAGUAAAAAGAAACCCAGUAGGCAGUAGUGCACAAGGGAUACAGUCUAGCCCAUUACAUGCACUUAUGGGAACUCCGAUUAAAGAAGAGGAAGAACAUCCAGAGACUGACAGUAAGAAGAUAGAUCUUGGAAAACAAGAAUCUAAAGAAGUCUUAAAGCAGCUUUCAAAAUCAACCUCAUCAAGUACAGAAUCGGUAACUUUAAGUCCACCAUCAUCCACUGACGUAAAGAUUCCUGAUACAAAUGAGAGACUAGUGAAGAAUAUUCCGAUCCAUCCUGCACAUGACCUACCAGUAAAUGGUGCUACCUCAAUAAGUCCAAAGAUGCUGUCACCUGUCACUGCUGGAGUUGCCAGUUCAUUGUCAGAAAAAAUAGUAGAAACCAUUGAGAGCAGGACAUCAAAUGCACCUCUGACAUCGAUCCAAAUAGACUUCAUUCAGAAUAUGAUACAAGAAACAAUGGAUGACCUCAG